AUGGCCAGAGGCUGGAAGUUAUCUAUGUGGGUGACUCUUUGGGGCGCGGCGCCCUGUUUGAUCCUGCUCCUAUUCCUCCCGGAAACAUCAGUUCCAACAAUCUUGCACGAGCGUGCGAGACGUCUAAGAACAUUGACUGGAAACCAAUUGUUCAAAACCUCAUCUGAGAUCGACAGCAGCAAAUAUUCAAUCAAAUCCCUCGCUUAUGACGCUUUAAUUACACCAUGGAAGAUCAAUACCCUAGACCCGGCUAUUCUCUUCACAACUAUAUACACAGCCCUAGUAUACGCCAUUUUUUACUCAUUCUUCGAAGUAUUCCCACUCGUGUACCAAGAAAUAUAUCGCAUGAGCACCGCACACAUGGGUCUCGUCUUUCUAGCUGCAAUCAUCGCCGUAUUUCUCAUCAUGCCGUUCUACUGUCUCUUCAUUCACAAGUACAUCGCCAAGCCCAUCCACAACGGCAACUUCCCUCCCCCAGAACGGAGACUGAUACCUGCAUUGUUCAUCUCCCUGUUCGUUCCAACGGGAAUGUAUCUUUUUGCGUGGACUUCGCGGACUGAUAUCCAUUGGACUGUGCCGACGGUGGGAUUCAUGCUCAUCAUCAUGGGUGUUAUUACCCUCCUGCAGUGUAUGUUUGGUUAUAUGGCUAUUGCGUAUCCGGGUCACUCGGCGAGUUUGUUUGCUAUGAAUGAUUUUGCCCGGUCGACUCUUGCUUUUGCGGCUAUCUUGUGGUCUGGACCUUUGUAUCGGAAUCUCGGGGUUGCGAGGGGAACUAGUUUGAUUGGGGCUAUGACUGUGCCUUGUGUUUUUGGGAUUUUUGCUUUGUAUCUGUUCGGGCCGGAGUUGCGAAAGCGAAGUCAGUUUGCUUCGUGA